AUGGGACGUAAAACACAAAGAGCAAGUCAGUUAUUUCAUUCUGGACCUAAAUGGAAAAGAGAAUUUGUGCCGGACCACAAGUUUGAUUAUAUUGAUUUGACUGAAUUUCGUUCAAAAAGUUGUUGGUAUUAUAUACGAUAUAUGAUUAUGUAUAUAGCUAUCAUUAUCUCUUUUGCUGCUUAUUGUGCUGAUAUUUGGUCAGCUUGUAUUUUAUUGAUUUAUAAUCAAUGGUCUUUAUCAAGUCCACCCAAAAUUCCUCUCUAUAUCAGUAAAUGGAUUUUUGUUGGUUGUAUCAUAUUAUCAUUUAUUCUAUUAGCUUGGGAUAUUCGAAAAGCAAGAAUUGUUAUGGCAUCACGAGAUAUUUCUUAUGCAGCAACAAAUAAUAUUGCCUUUAGAUAUAUGUCUGUUAAAAGUUAUAAUGCUUUUUGUUUAUUUCUAAGGAUUCAAAGUUCAAGAAAGUUUAGUGAUACUGCUGCCUUCUAUGUCUUCUUCACAUUAAAAGGUUGGAAACGACUAUUAUUCGCUCAAGGUCCUAGACAAAUUAUUGCUGGUAUUACUGUAUAUGCUAUUCUUAAAACAGCUUGGACUAAUGAACAAGGCGGAUUUCAAUUCGACAAUAAUAUGAACAAAUAUGGCAAAGAUUGGCAACAGGUCAUUGCUCUUUGUCUUAUGAGUUUUACUUGUCUUUAUUGGAUCAUUAGUGUCUUAAAUCUAUUAUGUGCCAUUCUCUUGUAUAUCCCUGUCUUUUGUCAAAUUCAAGGUAAUCUCAAGGAAUUUUGCUGCCACAAGAUUGAUAAACGUAUCUCUGAAAUAUUGGCCAAGCAACGCCGCAAACGACUACUAGCGCAAGAAAAG